AUGGCUGUGGCCUCUGACUCAUCUGGCAGUCUUUCUGAUGCCAGCCUUCUUCUUAAUACAGCAGAAACGCUUCGCGAGAUUGCGAAACUACUCAGAAGCGAUGGCCCCUCUCGCGAGUCAAAGAACUUCUACGCCAGUUUUAUGGCACAUUGUCUUUUGGUUCGACAUCAUAUGAAUCGAGUCAGGUCCUCCAUUGCAGACGACCAUCAGCUCCUUGUCGACAUCCUGAACCGUUUCGAAGCGACUGUUACAUCCUCUGUCCUCGAUGCGCGAUCGGUGUCCCCCGCAAAUCUAUACCCUCGACUACGAGCGUUGAACCAAGCAUGGCACAAGGUGCGGAAUGAUAGUGGUGACAAGAAGAAGAUAUUCGUGCAAAGAUAUGUCGACUUUUGUUGCGACACGGAUCAGCCUGACAGGCUGAUCCAGUUCUUGGAGGAUUGGGAGGAUGAUAUCACAGAACAAUAUCCGGACGAUCCCUCGCUAUGGGCCGAUGGCCCUUUACCUCAAAGUAAGAGCAGAGGACAACCAUCAUAUGCCGUUUGGAAUGCCUCUCAGUCAUUGUUCCGGGCUUUGCUAGAAUCAAAAGAGUGUGAAUGCGACCCAACGCACGAAGUCGGCGUGAGGCUGUUUUUGAGCACAUUCCGCAAACUACCUAGCAAUGAAAGGGACCUUGCUGAUUCUGACUAUGGCUUUGAGAUUUUUCUUUCAAUACAGAAGGAGUGGCACGAGGCAAAUGUGAACGUUGCAAAAACCGGUGCAGCAAUCAGAUUCAACAAGGACGACAGUGGCAGAAAGAAGCUCCCCGCUAUGAAAGUGAAGAAUCUAUGCGAACCUAUCAAGAAGAGAAAGCCCUUUGAUCGCAUCAAAUUGAGGGUCGAUGAUGACGGGCGAUUGUGGAAAUUGCGCUCUGAGAAGUGUUGCUUUGCUAUUGAUGAAAGCAAGCCGCCUGUAUCGCUACAGCAGUUUAUCCAAGACCAGUACCGAUCGCUUACGGAUAAAACAAAGCGUAUUCUUGCAGUAAUGCUCGGUUAUACAGUUCUAUAUCUCCAUGAAACCCCCUGGCUGCCGUCUACUUGGGGACCAUCAAGUAUACUAUUCUUUUAUACGACAUCCUCGUCCAUUCCAUUGAAACCGUUUAUUCAGACCAAACUUGCCCGCGACCAUGCCAAAAAUGCACAACCUGAAGACAUAGAUCCGGACGAUUUUGACCCGGAUGAUCUAGAUCCCGACGACAUAAUGAUGCACCAGUGUCCUCAUCUCGUCACGCUAGGGAUUGUUCUUAUGGAGUUGUACCUAGCGACAACUUUCGAAGAUCUCGCAGAAAAGUAUAACAUCCCUUUGAACGAUCGUACCAGGUCAAUUGAUGCUGAGUUGGUGUUUUCAAAAUGCAAAAGCGAAAUACCCGAAAACUCUCAAUUUCACUACGCGGUUGAGAAGUGCCUCGACCCGAAAGUUUGGGAAGACGAGAAUGGAGCGAGACUGGAUGACCAGACGCUCAAGACCACGAUAUACCAGGAGGUCAUACGACCGUUGGAAGAUGAGCUGAACCAUGCAUUCAGCUAUAUCCCUAUUGAAGAUUUAGACCGCAUUGCGCAGACUUUGGAUCUCGGAAGUUGGGGUCAAAUCACCCAGAUUCAGCAGCAAGUCAGUGCUCAGCCAGUGGUUACGCCCAAAUCGCCGUACCAGUCGGAUUUCAAUUUAAAACAGCAGCAGCAAUUGCAACAGCUAUUCCUUCCAGGGCAAUGGCACCUCGGCUCGCCACUGAUUGUACCAAUAUUUCAACAAUCAAUUCCUUACCAAAAUCCAACAUAUCAGGAGGAUAAGCUAAGUCAAUUAGACUACAAAGGAAUGCGAUUCUUCGAUGAUGAGACUGUUUCCGAGGAGCACUCGGCCGAAGCACGCAUCAACUACAGGAACUGGCGCCUUCGUUUCAAAGAAGUGUAUGAACAAUAUACAGUCGACCCAUCCAAAGCCCCAGUCAAGAUUGCCAUCCUAGACACGGGUAUUGAUCAGACACAUCCAGACAUUGAUGCAUGCAUCGAGCAAAUCAAGGGACAAUAUAACUGGACCAAUGAAAAAUUCCCAAAACAUGUCGAGGAUCACAACGGACAUGGCACUUUUACUGCGGGAUUACUGCUGGAAUAUGUGCCCGAUGCGGAGUUGUAUAUAGCGAAGAUAUCGGAUGGGAGUCCUUGCAGUCCUGGUAAUAUUGCAAAGGCUAUAGACUAUGCCGUCGAAGAAUGGAAAGUCGACAUAAUAUCCAUGUCCUUUGGCUUCCCUACCCGCGAAAUCGAGGACUACGACAAACUCGAAGCUGCAAUCCACAAAGCAUACUCCAAUCACACUCUUCUAUUCGCCGCAGCCUCCAACAGCGGCGCAAAUCUCGACCGGGCAUACCCAGCGCGCGACGAGAAUGUGAUUUGUAUCCAUUCGACCGACGCAAACGGGAAUCGGUCGCCUUUCAGUCCAACGGCGUUGGCUGACGCACUCAACCUCGCGACAGUCGGGGAGGCAGUCGAAUCUUCCUGGCCUUUGAGGCUGUGCGAGCCCAGCAAUAACAAUAGCCAAACGCCAAGCGGAACAAAACAUAAAUCAGGGACAUCGUUUGCGACACCUAUAGCAGUCUCUAUCGCAGCUUUUUUGCUGCAGUACGUCAGGAUAAACAUCCCCGACUACGCGCACAUGCUCAAAAGGCAGUCGCGCAUGAAAGCCGUGCUACGCAAAAUUUCGGAGAAGACGCAGGAAUCAAGAUCGAGGGAUGAUUAUCAUUAUGUGGCGCUGAGUCGGUACUCGGAUAAUCUGUUUGGGAAGGAGCGGGAGUUUAUAAAUUAUACCCUUCGUGAUUUAUUGAGUCAGUAG